AGAAACACACGAGGUGCGUUCGUACCCUCCCCUCCCCUCCUCCAAAGAAAGAAAGAUAAAAUAAGGAAGCGUGAAAGGGGAGGACGUGAGGUGAGUGGCGCGGCAAGUGCCCGGCUGCCCUCACCACAUUUUUUCGCAUUCAUCUCUGACUUGUACGUGCACCCAUCUCUACAGUACGGCACAUCACGAGGACAAAAAGGAAGUACAAAGCACAACGUUGUCCUCUCUUUAGGAGAACUCAAAGAGCAGUCUCCGCGAAUACAUAUAUUUAUAUUACUCGCCUUCCGAUUCUCAUUCCUCGCGCACGCACACGUUUAUUUUUUCUUAUUUCUUUCUGCUCGAUUACGAGCAGUGAGAGAGGACAAGACACAAGACCGCACACGCUGCUUUGUUUAUUAUCUUCUUAAAAAAAUAUUAUUACUCUACGAAUACUACUGACCGUUCCCACGUAAUGCAAGAAGGAGCCCCCGUUGCCGCCUCGCCUUCUUCCCCGCUUCCUCGCUCUUCCACGUGCUCCCCUUCAUGUUUGCCUUCCUUACUUUCUCCCGCUGCAGUCCCAGAGACGGACACGGAGAGCGGCGUGGCGCCCAAGCCGUGCACGCCGCCUCACCGUGAAGCGCGACGGCGUGCACCCAAGACGGGAGCCCACCUCGCCGGGGUGUUCGGUGCGUUAGGAGCACUGCAGUCCGAUGUGUCUGCUUCUUCCGCACCCACACACGCGACUGCGCGUCCGGCCCCGUCGGUUGCCGCCGCAGAAGCCACCGGAAUUCAGAAACUUCCUUCACCUUCUCCUCCUUUUUUGUCAUCCUUGACGCCGCGCUCCUCGUUUACGCUGCGUGACGGGGCAGCGGCGUGGAUGUGCAGCCGGCUGGAGCUGCUGUGGGCCUCGCCAUUCGAAACAACGGAUGCCGCAGCGUCAUGGACUGGGCGAGCAGCCGAUAGCGAAGAGACGCACCUGUCCCACGCCCUCCACGGCGUCCAUCUUUCAGGUAUCGCUUCCUCCUUACCACAGCAUGGUAAAUCCAUCGACAGCAGCAGUGACACCGUCGAUGCUGCUGCUGCUGCUGCUGCCGGUGUCGGUCUUGACGGCCAUCACGGCAGCGACGCAGCUCCGAGGGGUGCGAUAGACGACGCCUUCCGCGUGGCACACGCGCGGAGCCGCUUAGUUGUUCGUCUUCUCGCCCUCGAUGCCCUUCGUAAAGGUCAGAUGAAGAAGCGACAGCGGCAGGCCGACACGCCGAUCAGCACCACCGCUGAGCCUGCGAUCCUCCGUGUGACACACGACGCGGACACGAGCGCUUCCACCGCAACACCGGCAGGGAUGUCCCCUCUGGUGCGUCGGUGGCUGUGGCAGCGUGCGGCGGCGCUGCCGGGCGAGCGCAGCUCGUUGCUGGUGGAGUGGCUCUCGCUGGAGCUGGCGGAAUCCGCAGCGGAUCACGUGCGAGGAAAGCGCAUGCCUGUGGCGGACGCGUUGAACACGGCGCAAGCGGUUCUCGCGCCACAUGGAGGGCAUUCGUCGACGGCGUCCCGCGACGCCCCUUCACGGGAUGCUCCAAUGAAGGUGGAGGUGAAGGGGGAGGAGAACGAAGAUGAAAACGUGGUCUUGUUCACCUCGGAAGCGCGGGCACCGGUAUCCAAAGAAGAUCCUGUGAUGAGCGCUGACCUUCAGGGACACGGCGAAGAGCGAGAUCGCACGUUCACUCGCACGGUUAGCCCUGAAGACGACGGCGUGUCGUCAGGCACUAUCACGGGUGCAUCCACGAAACCGUUUGCUUGCGAAGACGCACCAGCCGCCCCUUUACCUUCUUCUUCAUCCUUCUCCGUCUCAUCUCCAGAAACGCGAGUCCCCGCGCAGCGCAUACUGCGGCUUGGCAUCGUAGCACCAGUACCUGCUAUGGCCAACGACAGUGUUGAUGUGCCGCUGCCUUCGGUGCCGGUGACGCCAGUGCUGUUCGACAAGGGUAGGGUCGUGAUGGAAACACGCAACAAUCGCAGCAGCAGCAGCAGCAGCCGCGGCGAUGCACGACACCUGAGAAUCUCGCUGCUUCGUCCGACUGCAGCGCCGACGUCGACCGCGGCCGAUGGCGAUGAAGGAGAGACGGUGGAAGUGACCGGGAAGACAGGGAAGCUGUGCGGGGCGGUGAGGGAAGAAGGCGCUCCCGCUGUCGUGGCCGCCAAGACGGAAGCUGAAGCCAAAGAGGGGUGCGCCAUUCAAGUGGUGGCAACACCCCCCGACACAUACACAACAGAGGAGGAGAAGGCGGCGACAAACGCAGAGAUGGAAGGGCGGGUACGGCAGGCACGUUGGCGCAGAAUAGCGCCCUUCGUCUUCUACGCCCCUCGUGGCAGUUCGACGGAGGGCAGCGUGCGAACGGUGUUGACGGCGCUGGGCUUCACAGAGGGUACGUCCCCCUCCUCGCCGAGAACUCACGACAAGGACGCGGUCGAUGCCACCUCUGCAUCCACCUCGUAUUCUCCACUAGUGCCUUCACGGCGUACACCGGCGUACGCUGUUGGAGGAGCGGAAGGACCUCGUACAGGCUCGCCUUCCUCUUCCACAGAAGGAAGAAAAGUAAUCCCCCCGCGGUGCCCUCUCGGACGGCUGCCACCACUCGUCGCGGCGUACGCAUGGGUGCGUGAGGCGGCGCUGCGCACGGUGUGGGUGUCCCACAUCGCGGGUGCGUGCACGACGCCAUCGACGGCGCCCUCGCCCUUCCCGUGUGUCGCCUUCGCCGACGGCCGUGUCUCUGCCGCCUUGGCGGACCUCCUGUGUGUCCCGCUUUCCGUGACGACUCGUGCCCGCAGCAACACAGACGGCGCCCCCAAAGCCGCUCCCCACUGCUUUCGCCUCCCUGCGGCGUUUGAGCGCAACCUGCACGCCUAUUUGUGCUACCCGCUGGCAGGUGUGACGGCAGCGCACCUCGCGGAGCCUGCGACGGCGCCUCCCGAUCGGGAAGUCGGAGAAGACGUUUCUCGACCUCCGUUGUUGACGGUGCAGGACUGGCAGGCGUACCUGGACUUUCGCUACGGCGUUCCAGCCCGUCGUCGCCGCGGCACCCCCGCACGUGUGGGCACAUCAGCCACGACGAAAGACGUGGAGGGUGGAACGCGGCAAGCGCUGAGUCAUGGUGCCGAGAUCAGUCCAUUGGACGAACCCGUCAAACGUCCCCGCCAACGCACCGCUCCUGCACCUGCUUUUGCAAAGCCGCCUCUUCUUACGUUCUCUGCUGCUGCGACGGUGGCGGCGGGCUACGCUGCGCGAAUCUCACCGAUGUACUCCGCCGUCAUGGAUGUGGCGGCGGCUCUGGUUUUCACGGAGCUGCGUCGUGCGUGUGUGCUCGCCGUGGAUGAACGCACACGCGGCGUGAAGGUGGAUGCCACCGUGCGCACCGAUGCCGACGGUGCAGAAGAACUACGUAGCGUGGCAAAUAUCAAUAAUCGAGAUCGAAAGACAGCAGGAGUAGCGCAGUCGUCAUAUCCAUCCACAGCAUCCGCCGUGGAAGCCUUCGCAAAUGAAGAAGGGAAGCAGAGGUCGAGGGAUCACAGCGAACUGCCACUGGAAAUUCGCGCCACCGCAGUCAGCACAGCGGCACCAGCAGCAGCAACAGUACCCCCCCUUCGGGCGUACACGACGGCAUCAACUAUUUCUCCUGAACAGGCGAUGCAGCUCGUGCUGGAAGACGAGAUCGAAGACGACGCCUCCCUUUGCUGCUACGCCCACCAGAACAUGUGUGGCUUGUGCGCGCCUUCCGUAUCCGUACCGAAGGCGCCGCCCUCCCACUCGUGCCCGUGCGGUGCGGCGUGGCCGACGGACAAACCUCAGUCGGCGCCUGGGCAUUCGAGCAGCAGCAGCGGCAGCGGUGCAGCAACAGGAGCAAAUGUGGACACCACCUCCAUGGACCGCAGCAGCGCUGCUGUUGCUGCUGCUACUGCUCCGGAUGUGCAGACACCGAGUGCUGCCUACGCAGCGAAUUUGUGGCUAGGCGUUGUCGCCGUGUUGAGCGCAGGUGAGAGCGGCGUUGCGCAGCACCUCCGCAGCGUGCUCCUGCCACCCACGUGCCUGCCAUCGUCUCCACAGCUGUCUGUAGAAGCGUUGGCGAUAACAACUGCUGUUGCUGCGGAUGCUGCUAGCGCUGUUGGCUCUGUUCGACCUUCCGCUGCCUCGCUGGCACCCUUUACCAUGCCUACGCUCUUUCGCAGUACCCUGGAGGACCUGUACAAGGAGGAGGCGGCGCUGCGCGCACGCCCGGCCCCACCUCUGUGCCUGCCGCUGGGCUGCUACCCGGAAGAGUUAAAGAGGCAGCAGGAGCGAGUCGAUGCAAAUAAGGCGGCGAUGCUUGAGAGCUCCGUCGCAGCUGUCGCGGCGAUUGCCCUGCGUCACCCACGCCUUCUGCUUCGUCAAACACACCUGCUCUGGCGCCUCAGCUGUGCAAGUUUGGCGUCGCCCACGGCGAGAGAGGGGAAAGCAAUAUCGCAGGGAAGGACCAGUGCUGCUGCUGCUGAUGGUGAUGAUGCUGACGACAGCCAAAAUGAUUGCAACGAUAACGAUCAACACGUGUGGCGUGGCGAGUUCGCGUCUCGCGUCAGCAGCUUUGUGGAGUGCGUUCAGCUGGCCUCGUGCGCUGGGCUGCCGGCACCGCUGGCGACGUCGCUCGUGCCUGCCGAGCCGCAGCGCUGGGCGGCGCGCAAGGCGCGAACAGUCGCGAUGGCACCCACAGCGGGGGAGACGUCUUUGCCGGAGAAAGAACGGGAGACGCAGGCGCAGCGCACGUCUCUGCUGACACGCGCCGCUGGCGCGAUAACCGCAGCAGCGAAGUCUCCCGCCGCUACCGCUGCUGUUGCUACUUCCACGGAAGUCACAAUGAAAGCACACGGCGACACUUCUCUCUCACCCCCUACACAGGACCACACAACUUCCACCGUUGCCACUGCCACGCCGCCGCCGCCGGCCUCACGCCCCCGACUGCAUCUGCGGCUGCUAUCCGUCGCGUCUCCUGUCUCACGCACUUCGUCCGAUUCGGUCACCGCGGGCGUUGACACCGCGCCUUCGCCGAAAUGUGAGCGCAGCCCUUGCCCCGCCGUUCGUGAAAGCGAACGUAGUCGUGCAUCUGCGAGGAAAGAUCAUGGAAAGCGGACCCGGAUGAAAGAUGUGGCCAACCCACACAGCAACGAUGCCGAUGUCCACCCUCCUACCCCUGCUGCUGAUGCUGCUGUUACCGCGUUGCCACCGUUGGAUGGGCUGGCCGAUCUACAGGUACGCUGGGUACUCCCGACAGGCAGCACUGCCAAUACUGCUUCUGCCGCCGCUGCGUCUUUUUCUGCGUCUUCUUCUUCCCCUUCUCUACCGGCGAUGUCGCUGAUAACGCUGGUGUCCGAUGUCCUCUGGGGUACGCUGCAACACAUGGGGACGUAUGAAGCGAAGGAGUGGACACCGGGGAAGCCGUUGCCCUCUACUGCCGCCGCCGCCGUAACUGCAACAGGAAGUGUCACGCACUUGGUCUUGUCGAAGGGAGGUGUUGACGUGAAAGACGCGAGGGGCGGGACUUCAGCUCCUGCGUUCGUGCGUCCACCGCGACGCACGUUAAUGCUGCGGCUUUCCCCGGCCUACGCGGAGCUGCAGCGAGUCUGGCAAGCGUUGCGACCUUUGUCUUUCCUAAUUGAACGUGGGACGUCAGACACGCGCGCAUCUGCUGUCAUCGCUGACCAUCUACGCCUUUCGCAUGGUGUUCGACUCAGAGAAGGACCUGCACUGGAUGUCGUACUGCCACUUGCGCCGGUUGCGUCGCCUUCUGCUUUGCAGUCGGAUAGGGUUCAGCCGCAACACCGCAGGAAAUCCUCGUGUUCUCCUUCUUCCUCUUUAUCUGCCGCUUCGGUGGUCUCUCCUUCUGACCCCACGAAGAACGCAGUGAGAGCGGCAAAGCUGGGCUUGACAGCGCCGUCGCACGCCGAUGUGCGCCACUACGCUUCCCUCGCUGCGUCGCUGCGCGGAGUGCUGUGCGUCUCACUUGGCUACGCCGUCUACGCAUUGCUGCAUCGCACGUGGGAGCUAUGGACGUCGGCCACAAAGGAUCAGUGUGAAGGCAGCGGUGACGCUGCUGCCGCUUCGGUGGCCCCCUCUCGAUGCCCACGGACAACGCCAACAGAUGCGAUCGGUCCGCGUAUUGCUGCGUCUUCCACGGCGCGCUCUUCUUCGAAUGACACCACCACCACCAGCGUUGUUGACCGGUGGACGUGGUUGGCGGCGCAACUGCAAACGCUGCACGACGAAAUCCUGCAGCCGCUGAAUCGCAUCUGCACGGUGUACAUCGACGAGCCCGUGUCGCCGUCGCAGCAUGACGACGACGGAGACGCAGACGCAGAGAGUGGGGAUGCGGGCGUGUCGUGCACUAGCACCGGCCCUCGGCAGCCACGUGUCACUACGGCCGCCUGGCUGCUGUACAAGCCCUUCGCGCACCGUCUCUUUCCUUCAUUGAUUUGCGCCUUCGACGCGGCUCUUGCGCCGCCAGCGGCAGAGGAUGACGUCAAGGACGAUGACGAGUUGGAUGGUGCACCGUUGAACCGGCCAAGCUCUCGCGCGGACGUGGCGAAUACCCAACGGGAGGUGCGGACCGCGUGGGUGCGCGUGUGCGCGUCGCUGCAGCAAGCUGGUGUGGCACUGCCGGGACGUGCACCCCCGUUGCGAGGGAAGACGAAAGCGCGAGAGUGA